UUUGUCAAUAUGUCAAAGAAAAAAAGAUGGAUCAAAAAGCAGUUUCCGAAUAAAGUCAAAACAAGUCACUAGCACUUUCAGGUCAAUGGGACUGAACUGGAACCCCCACGAAAAGGUAGAGGGGAUCGAAUGACGUAGACCGCCUUAGCAACAGGCCCCCAAAGAAGGUGAAUUUCCGUGGCCAAUAAGAGUCUGCGCUGUGGAGGAGGUAGCCAAUGGAUGACGGAAAGCGGAAGAGGGAGGACGCGCCAAUUCUCCUGCCUGAGCCUCGGCCCAACAAAAUGGCGGCGGCAGCGGCGUCGCUUUGUUUCCGCGGCUGCUGCGGCGGUGGCAAUGGUAGCGGCCUUUGAGCUGUGGGGAGGAUCCAGCACCAGCUACAGUGACGCCUAAGAGUCCAGUGCAUUUCUACCUAAACCGAGCGCCGGCAGCGCAGAGCGGCGCCCUACGGUCGCUGAAGCCGACAAGGCGUUGAAGCGAAAACAUGACUGCUGAACCCAUCAGUGAAAGCAAGUUGAAUACAUUGGUGCAGAAGCUUCAUGACUUCCUGGCACACUCAUCAGAAGAAUCUGAAGAAACAAGUUCUCCUCCAAGACUUGUGGUGAACCAAAGCACAGAUAAAGUCAGUGGUUCUGGAAAUAACUCUGAUAUGAUGGAAAACAGCAAGGAAGAGGAAGCUAGCUCUUCAGAAAAAUCCAAAUCGUCUGGAUCGUCACGAUCAAAAAGGAAACCUUCGAUUGUAACAAAGUAUGUAGAAUCUGAUGAUGAAAAACCUUUGGAUGAAACUGUAAAUGAAGAUGCUUCUAAUGAAAAUUCAGAAAAUGAUAUUACCAUGCAAAGCUUGCCAAAAGGUACAGUGAUUGUACAACCAGAGCCAGUGCUGAAUGAAGACAAAGAUGAUUUUAAAGGGCCUGAAUUUAGAAGCAGAAGUAAAAUGAAAACUGAAAAUCUCAAAAAACGCGGAGAAGAUGGGCUUCAUGGGAUUGUGAGCUGCACAGCUUGUGGACAACAGGUCAAUCAUUUUCAAAAAGAUUCCAUUUAUAGACAUCCUUCACUGCAAGUACUUAUUUGUAAGAAUUGCUUUAAAUAUUACAUGAGUGAUGAUAUUAGCCGUGACUCAGAUGGAAUGGAUGAACAAUGUAGAUGGUGUGCAGAAGGUGGAAACUUGAUUUGUUGUGACUUUUGCCAUAAUGCCUUCUGCAAGAAAUGCAUUCUGCGCAACCUUGGUCGAAAGGAGCUGUCUACAAUAAUGGAUGAAAACAACCAAUGGUAUUGCUACAUUUGUCACCCGGAGCCUUUGUUGGACUUGGUCACUGCGUGUAACAGCGUGUUUGAAAAUUUAGAACAGUUGUUGCAACAAAAUAAGAAGAAGAUAAAAGUUGACAAUGAAAAGAGUAGUAAAGUAUAUGACCAUACACCCAGAUUUUCUCCAAAGAAAAAUAGUUCAAAUUGUAAUGGAGAAGAAAAGAAAUUAGAUGAUUCAUGUUCUGGUUCUGUAACCUACUCUUAUUCAGCACUAAUUGUGCCCAAAGAGAUGAUUAAGAAGGCAAAAAAACUGAUUGAGACCACAGCCAACAUGAACUCCAGUUACGUUAAGUUUUUGAAGCAGGCAACAGAUAAUUCAGAAAUUAAUUCUGCUACCAAGUUACGUCAGCUUAAGGCUUUUAAGUCUGUGUUGGCUGAUAUCAAGAAAGCUCAUCUUGCUUUAGAAGAAGAUUUGAAUUCGGAGAUUCGAGCUUUGGAUGCUGUAAACAAAGAGAAAAAUACCAAAGAGCAUAAAGUCAUAGAUGGUAAGUCUGAAACAAAAGUACGAAAAGGAGAAAAACCUUUUGCUAUGGAAAAGAAGGAUAUUUCAAAAUCAGAAGCUAAACUAUCAAGAAAGCAGGUAGACAGUGAGCACAUGGAUCAGGGUGUUGCAGUAGAGGAACAAAGAGCAAAUAAAAGUACCAGUGGUGAACAUAAGAAAUCCGAUAAAAAAGAAGUACCUCAAUAUGAACCUGCUAAUACUUCUGAAGACUUAGACAUGGAUAUUGUGUCUGUUCCUUCUUCAGUUCCAGAAGACAUUUUUGAGAAUCUUGAGACUGCUAUGGAAGUUCAGAGUUCAGCUGAUUACCAGGGAGAUGGCAACAGUGGAACCGAGCAAGAACUGGAGAGUUCUGCUGUGAAAUUAAAUAUUACUUCAAAAGACAACAGAGGAGGUAUUAAAUCAAAAACUACAGCUAAAGUAACAAAAGAAUUAUAUGUUAAACUCACCCCUGUUUCCCUUUCUAAUUCCCCAAUUAAAGGUGCUGAUUGUCAGGAAGUUCCACAAGAUAAAGAUGGUUAUAAAAGUUCUGGUCUGAACUCCAAGCCAGAGUACUGUGGACUUGGACAGGAAAAGAAUGAUAAUGAGCAUUUGGUUGAAAGUGAAGUUUCAUUACUUUCAGAAGAAUCUGAUCUUCGAAGAUCUCCACGUGUAAAGACUACACCCUUGAGGCGACAGACAGAAACCAACCCUGCAACAUCUAAUUCAGAUGAAGAAAGUAAUGAAACAGUUAAGGAAAAACAAAAACUGUCAGUUCGAGUGAGAAAAAAGGAUAAGCGGAAUUCUUCUGACAGUGCUUUAGAUAAUCCCAAACCUAAUAAAUUGCCUAAAUCUAAGCCGUCAGAGAUUAUGGAUCAAAAUUCAGAUUCUGAUGAAAUGCUAGCAAUCCUCAAAGAGGUAUCCAGGAUGAGUCACAGUUCUUCUUCAGAUACUGAUAUUAACGAAACUCAUACAAAUCAUGAGAAGACUCUGUAUGAUUUAAAGACUCAAUCAGGGAAAGAUGAUAAAGGAAAAAGGAAACGAAAAAGUUCUACUUCUGGCUCGGAUUUUGAUAUUAAAAAAGGCAAAUCAGCUAAAAGGUCUAUAAUUUCUAAAAAGAAACGACAAAACCAGUCUGAAUCUUCCAAUUAUGAUUCAGAAUUAGAAAAAGAGAUAAAGAGCAUGAGUAAAAUCGGGGCUGCCAGAACAAUCAAAAAAAGAGUUCCAAAUAAAGAAGAUUAUGAUUCUUCUGAAGAUGAAAAACAUAGGAAAAAAGGAAUGGAUAAUCAAGGGCAGAAAAGUUUGGAGACUGCACAAGAAGGAUCAUCUGAUGAUGCUGAAAGGAAACAAGAGAGAGUGAAUUUCUCUUCAACAGAAGGCACAGUUGAUAAAGACAAGACCGUCAUGGAAUUACGAGAUCGAGUCUCUAAGAAGCAGCAACCAAGUAUUUCCUCUGAUGGUGCUGAUAAGCCUUCUUCUGGCAAAGAGGAGAGUUUUAAUUCUCCAGAAGACAAAAUGGUUGCUGAAACUAAAGAAAAGAAUAAGCAUCUGAAAACCAAAACAUGUAAGAAAGUACAGGGUGGCUUAUCUGAUGUUGCUGAGAAGUUCCCAAAGAAAGAGCAGAGUGAUGAAUCCUCUGAAGAUGAUAAAAAGCAGAACAAAAGGAGAAGUGAAGAAAAAGAAAAGAAAACUACAGACUUGAAGAAAAAAGUAAUUAAGAUGGAACAACAGUAUGAAUCAUCAUCUGAUGGCACUGAGAAAUUACCUGAGGGAGAAGAAAUUUGUCAUUUUCCUAAAAGCAUAAAACAAAAUAAGAAUGACACAACUGAUGGGGAAAAUAAAAGUAAAAAAAUAAAAGGUAAAACUUCUAAAAAGAAGGAUGAAUUAUCCUAUAAUGCUGAGAAGUUACCAGGGAAAAGAGACAGUUGUGAUUCUUCAGAAGAUAAAAGGAGUAAGAAUGGAGCAUCCAGUAGAGAGAAGAAAAGGUGCAACUUGUCUGAAAAGAGUUCAAGGAAGAGACAGGAUUGUUCGUCAUCUGAUACUGAGAAAUAUUCCAUGAAAGAAGAUGGUUGUGAUUCUUCUGAUAAGAGACAGAAAAGAAUAGAAUUGAGAGAAAGAAGAAAUUUCAAUUCAAAGAGAAAUACCAAGGAAGUACAAAGUGGCUCAUCAUCUUCUGAUGCUGAGGAAAGUUCUGAAGAUAAUAAAAAGCUGAAGAAACAAAGAACUUCAGCUAAAAAGAAGGCAGGCAAUGUCAAGGAGAAAAUGAGAAACUCUCUAAGAGCAAGCACUAAAAGGAAGCAAGCUGACAUUAUUUCCUCAUCUUCUUCUGAUAUAGGAGAAGAUGAUCAGAAUUCUCUAGGUGAGGGGAGCAGUGAUGAGCAGAAAAUUAAGCCUGUGACUGAAAAUUUAGUGCUGUCUUCACAUACUGGAUUUUGCCAAUCUUCAGGAGAUGAAGGCUUAUCUAAAUCAGUGCCUGUCACAGUGGAUGAUGAUGACGACGACAAUGAUCCUGAGAAUAGGUAUGAUUCCAUCUGUAAGGACUUUAAAAAGAUUAUAACACACCCUAGGCGUGGGCACAAACAGCAGCAACGGAACCGCAAGCAGGUUGUAAAAACCAGGAGUGCCUGCCUUAGAAAGACUCCCUCACGGUCUUCCUGCAAGUUUGAAAGAAAGGCCAGAAAAUGGGCUAAAACUCAUAAACCUUAAGGGAAAGUAAAUAUAAAUAUGAACACACCUAGCAUAGGGUGUGUUAUCAAUACAGCACUGUCAAUUUUAUGUUUCUAUGUAAACUGUGAUAAUUUUUUGAGAAUACUUUAGUCUUGACAGAUUAUUUUACUCAUGAAAGUAAAUCAUAUCUCAAUAAAUUGGUGACAACAGACAUCUCUCUCCUCAAUAUUUUAUUGUUGUUUUUAAUUGCCAUUCAGUAUGGUGGUUCUAUUUAUUAAAAACCUGUUCAAAGUGGACAAAAGGAGAUUGCUCAGAUAUUUAAGAAAUUGCUUUCAAAAUAAGUAUCAAUUUACAAGGUGUCCAGACUGAUUUAGAUUUUAACCAUUUUUCAAAUAAAAUCGAAGUAGACAGAUAGUAUUAACUUUAAUAAGACAAACAGUAGGUUUAAAUGUAAACAGUGUAGCCUGUACAGAUUUACUUAACUAAGGGAUGGCAUAAAUCCCUUAAAAGAAGAAAAAAAAAAUACAAACACACACCCAUAUCCUAGCAAUGAAGAAUAAAGAAAACAAAGGUAUUUAAGAAUAGAACCAUAAUGUUUUUACAUAUCUUUUAAACUCUUCCUGGACUAUAGUAUACCCCAGACUCAUAAUCUUCAACCAGGAGACAGUGUGGUGUAGUGGGUGGAAUUUUGGAAUAAUGGGGAUAAGAUAUCUGACUUCUAGUUUUAACUUUUCCAACAAAUGUCUGUGUGACUUUGGGCAAGUGACUUAACCACUCUGCCAAAAUUUUCUGAUCUCUAAAAUGAAAUGCUUGGAUGAAAUUUGCUCUGAUUAAUUCUAGCACCAAAAGUCUAUGAUAGACUUGAUGGUUUUAUUAAAGAACACUAUAUUAACCAUCCAUUUAUUCAUAAUAGUAAGGUCUAUAUUAAGAAAACAUGAAAAUAUACAUGUAAUUUUUGUGUCAUAAUUUUUUAAGGAAUUAACUUUGCGUUAGUAAAUGCUGUGGGGCCAGCUAUUACUUUAGCUUGUUUUGUAUGGUGCUGAUGCUGAUAGGUUUUUCUGUUUCAAAGAUCAGCAUUUUCCUUAAUUAACAGGAGAACGUUUUUAUUAAGGUGAAUGAGCAAUUUUAUUUUGCAAUUUUGAAUAGAGCUUAAUCAUGGACACAAAGACUCAGAUGCUGCUUACUUAUUUUUUGAUUAAAUAUAUAUCCAAUUAUUUUAUGAGGUAGGGGUGGGGUCCAGAUGGAAUGGUAAAGGCAUACAUUUUAUUCAUCAGGGAUUUUAUAUAGCACAUGGUAACAGCAAGAUUAUGAAAGCAUUUAAAAAUUUAUUCUCUUUAAAUGCUUUAAUUUCUCUUCUUUAUUUAUGCUAUUUGUUUUCCUGUAAAUCAUGAGGCCUCAAAUGUUAUUGCAAGGCUAAUAUUGGUUAAAACAUGCUAUAUUCUAAUUUAACUGUGAGCGAUGAACCUUAAUUUCAUACUUAGCCACCAAAUGAGACUGUCAUUAAAGUAUGAUAGUUUUUUGUGUUAGAGCUUGUCAAAAUAU